UGGAGAGCUUCAUCCACACCCUGAAACUCACUGUCUUCCGGCUGGACACAGAGAGGGAGCUCGACCCCAGACACUCAGCCCAGUUGGCUGAGCAGCUCAGAGCCAUGCAGCAGGAGCACGUGGAGGAACUGCGGGCAGCUCAGAGGGAGGUGAUGCGAGUUCGACAGCAGCUCAGCCAGCUCAGCCAGGACAAGGAAGCUGCUGUGGAGGAGGCACAAAGACUGAGCUCCGCCCUUGAGGUCGCCACGGCAACCAAGAUGGAUGUGGCCCUCGCAGCAGAAGAACUGAAGGGUAUCAAAAACCAAAUGAGUCGCCGACUGCAAGAGUGUAAGGAGGAGCUGUCCCAGCAGGUCUCACUGCGCAUUACGCUGGAGGAAUCCCAUGAUGCCCUGCUGCAGCGAGUGCAGGACAUGGAGAAGGUGGUGGAGGUGGAGAGAGGACAGGUGCAGGUGCUCCAGCAGGAGUGCCUGGCUCUGCGCACAGAUGCCCAGGACACCUGGAAGAGACUGCAGCAGGAGCAGGGGCGGGCAGAUGAGCUGGACUCCAGAUACAAGCAGCUCAGAGAGGAAGCAGAUGCAAAGGAAUCCAUCAUAUCCCAAAUGGCUGAAGAAGGAAAAAGCAGUCAGCUGGCUUUGCAAAAGCAGCAGGAGGAGAAUGCCCGGCUCAAGUGUGAGAUCAGCUCUCUGAGUAGCACAGCAGAGGAAGUGCAGUCUCUGAAUGACCAGCUGGAUAAACAGGGUUCCCAGCUGAGCGCUGCCCUGAGGUCCCUCACCAUGGAGAAUGCCAGGCUUGUCACCGAGCACCAAGCCACCCUCAAGGAGCAGCAGCAGCGCAUGGUUCAGAAGCUGCAGGAGCAGGACCUGCUGCUUGAUGUAGCACGUGCCAACAUCCAGGGAGAGCUGCAGGGGGCGUUGUCAGAGAAGCUGCAGCUUCAGAAACACCUAGAGGCGCUGCACUCUGAGCAUGCCCAGCUCCAGCUACAGUUCCAGGCUGCAGAGAAGACGGCAUCUUUACAGUUUGAGCUGCGGGACAGUACCAUUGCCAGACUGCAGGGGGAGCUAGAGGCUGCGGUGCGAGAGAGGGAGGCCGCCAGGAGAGAGCAGGAGAGCACAGAAGCAGAGUUGAGGAAGGCGGUGAGCGAGAUCACAGAGGAGAAGAACACGUUUGAGGCUGAGCUGACGGAGAACAAGCUGGAGGUGGGUGCUCUGAGCUCUGCCCUGCAGAAACAGGAGGAGGAGAAUGGGAGGCUGCUGGAGAGACUGGCUGCACUGGAGCACCAGCAGCAUGCACAGCAGCAAGUGGAGCAUGUCCUGGCCGAACUGACGGAGAGUAAAAACAAGCUGGCAUACGACAAGGGCAAGCUGCAGACUAAGGUCCAGCAGCUGCAGCAGGAGCUCCAGUCCCUGGCAGGCGCCCUGUCUGACAGCAUUCAUCUGCGCAAACUGAACACAGCGCUGGAGUUCAAGUACUGCCAGGCAAACACUGAGCUGAGCUCCUGCAAGAUCAACGCUCAGAGACUGGAGGCACAGCUCAAACAGGCCCAGGCGUCUCUGGAGCGGAAGGAGGAGGACUUCACCAUGGCAAUCCAUUCCAGAGACGAGGCUUUCAGAGAGGCUCAGAAGCUGAGGGACCAGGUGGAGUGCCUGGAGGAGCGGGAGAGGCAGAAGCUGUCGGUGUUCCAGAGGCAGCUGGGAGACUCGAAGGCAGAGAGUUGUAAAAUCUCCUCCACGUUGGAGAAUGUCCUGGCCUCUCACUCCAAGCUCCAGCUCACUGUGGAGAAUCUGCAGACCGAGCUGGGCUGCAGGGACUCUGAGACAGCCGGGCUGCGCCGGGAGAGGACGCAGGGACAGCAGGUCAUACACAGGCUGGAGCACGAGCUGGAGGAGCUUCAGGCUAAGCAGACAGCCAUGGAGACGCAGCACAGCACUGAGAUGGUCCCAGUUCGCAAGGCCCUGGAGGUGGCGCGGGAGGACAACAGGAAACUUGCCCAGACUUUGGAGCUGGCCCUGCUGGCCAACAGCCGCCUCCAGAGCAAACUGAACCGAGCGCAACACGAUGUGGACAGCAAGGAGAGCCAGCUCCAGCAGCUCCGCAACCAGAGGGAGCAGGAGAUGGAGGAGACGAGGCAGGAGACCUGGAUGUUCACCGAGCGGCUGGAGUCUCUGAAGAAGCAGUUCAAGAGCGAGAGAGAGACUGCGAGGAGGGCAGCGCAGAAAGAGCUAGCAGAGCUAAAAAAGGCUUUGGAUGAGGCCAACUCGAAGUCCGCUGACCUGUCACGGGCCAACAGGGAGCUGCGUCAGAAGACUGCGGAAUUGGACAAAUUGGUGGCCAGUCAGAGGGCAAAGAUCAAGAGUCAGCGUGGUCAGAUCAAACAGCACCUGGAGAGCAGAGCGAGCAGCGUGCAGACGUCCGAGAGGACCAGGGAAAUCGAAGCUGAGCUGAAACAGAUGGAAUCAAUAAAGGAGAAGUAUCAGAAAACGAAUUAUGAGCAGGGUCAGAUGAUCCAGCAGUUCCUGUCAGAGAUGGCUUCACUCCAGCAGGAGAUGCAGUCGCUGGUGAAGGGCCAGCAGGAGGCGACAUCGCUCAGCAGACAGCACGAAGCCCAGCUGGAGAAUGAGAGGACGCUGCGACUGGAGCUGCAGGAUAGGUGUCAGUCCCUGGAGGAGAAGGUGAGGCUGCUGAGUCAGGCCAAGGAGGCAGCAGAGCAGAGGCUGAGCAAGGCCAGUCUGGAGUCCCAGCAGAUUUCUGCUAACCUGGAGGAGGCUCACCAGUGGUUCAAGACCAAGUUCGACAGCCUGCAGAGUGAGCAGGUGAGGGGCCGCCCGAGGAGCAGGUCCAGCGAGGAGCCGGUGUCCAGCGGGAGCAGCUCCGAGGACAGCAAGAGAGAGAACGCACACGCUGUGAAAGCCAAGGGGGAUCCAGAGGAGCCCCUGCUGCUGCGACCCCGCAGCCAAGCCAGCCUCCAGCGCUGGGAGGCCAAGCAGGAGCUGAAACUGCUCUGCAGGAAGUACCAGACGCAGACACAGGGCAAGAAGUGAGGCCCAGACACAGGGAGGCAGGACCUGCUAUCAACACUGCUGUGUGUCCAUGUUGAAACUCGGUGCUGUAUUUAACUUCAUGGUUCAUUACUGGCAACCAUUGUUGAUCAUCUCAGCCAACCAGGUUUCCGAGGAAAUUGAAUCUGCUGUAAUGGCAGCUUGUUUUUAAACAGCACAUUGCCAUCCACUACUUGAAAAUGAAAACCCAACUGGUAAAUAGUAGCCAUCGUGCACAUUUGAAGUAAUUGUGCAAUUUUAUGAGUGCAUGUUGUAAUUCAGCAUCAUGGAAAAGCACUUUGAUUUAUUGGUUAUCAAGAGUAUGGAGAUAUCACUUGGAGAUAUCUUGAGUGGCCACAGCAAAUAGAGCCACUGCUGUUCCAGUGACUGGCUAGAAGACUCUGGAAGUACCUGUACUUUUUUAUAUAAUGAACAGUUAACUUAUUUCAUUUCUACAUAAAGUAUUUACUGUAAGAUUGUUAAUUUGAUAAUACUAGUACUAAUAUAUUUUACUUCUGUUAAAUAAAAUGCAGUAUCUGAUCAAUAUUUGCACCC